CAUCAAGAGACAUGCAAAUCCAAGAAAAGAAAGUCCCUCAUUUGGUUAUUUUGCCACUCCCAUUUCAGGGACACAUCAAUCCCAUGCUUCAACUGGGCAGUCUCCUACAUUCCAAAGGAUUCUCAAUCACCGUAAUUCACACUCAAACCAACUCUCCCAAUCCAGCCAACUUCCCCAACUUCAACUUCGAGCCCAUACCAGAUGGCUUAUCUGAUGGUCAGGCCUCAACUGAAGACCCCUUAACCGUCGUCUCCAUCCUCAACGACACAUGUCAAGUACCAUUCAAUGAUACCUUGUCCAGAUUGGUAUCGGACGGCCCACAUGGCCCGGUUACGUGCAUCAUCAAUGAUGAGCUUUUUCACUUCACUAAAGCCGUCGCUGACCAUUUGAAGCUCCCAAGAAUUUUGUUAUGCACCAGCAGUCCCACAUGUUCUAGCAUCAUGCUGUCUUUGACGCUUCUACAGCAAACUGGAGCCAUUUCCAUCACAGAAGGUCAGCCAAAUACACUUAUUCCUGAGAUUCCGCCACUCAGGAUCAAGGACAUUCCGGACUUCAGCACUACAGAUCCUGAUACAUUUGAGCGAUUGGCGGAAAACAUUCUCAAUGCGAUAAAGUCUGCUUUAGCUUAUAUCAUGAAUGGAUUCGACGAUCUUGAUCCAACUGCACUGGAAAAAGUUAGAGAAGAUCGUCAUCCCACACCACUAUUUACAGUGGGCCCUCUCUACAAAUUCUCUCCAGGAGCAUCAAACAGCUUAAUAACACAAGACCACAGCUGCAUGGCUUGGCUAGACAAGCAGCCACCGCAGUCUGUCAUUUACAUUAGCUUCGGGAGCGUAGCUUCUAUUGAUAAAACAGAACUCGAGGAGAUAGCUUGGGGGCUAGCCAAUAGUGACCAGCCCUUCUUGUGGGUGGUCCGCCCCGGCUCAAUCAAUGGUGACGAUUGGGUCGAACUGCCAGAAGGGUUUGAAGAGAAGACGCGAGAGAAAGGCCGGAUCAUUAAGUGGGCCCCACAACAAGAAGUGUUGGCCCACCCAUCAGUGGGAGGAUUUUGGACACACAAUGGUUGGAAUUCUACGUUGGAGAGCAUAUGUGAAGGGGUUCCAAUGUUAUGUUCUCCUUAUUUAUGGGACCAAAAUGUGACUGCUAGGUAUGUGAGCCAUGUUUGGAGGGUGGGGAUUCAACUUGAGAAUGGAUUCGAUAGAAGUGAGAUAGAGUGGGCCAUAAGAAGAUUGAUGGUGGAGAUUGAAGGGAAGGAGAUGAGAGAGAGGGUAGGUUGUCUGAAGGAAAUUGCAACGCGUUCUGUAGCAAAAGGAGGUUCUUCAUAUGAGUCAUUACAGAGUUUAAUUGAUCUUAUCAUGUCAUUGUAA